AUGAUUAUUCCGAUUCGCUGUUUUACCUGCGGUAAAGUUGUUGGAGAUAAAUGGGAGGCCUAUCUCAAUCUUCUUCAAACGGAAUACGCAGAAGGCGAUGCUUUAGAUUUUCUUGGACUGCGACGCUACUGUUGUAGACGCAUGGUCCUCGCCCACGUGGAUCUUAUUGAGAAGCUUCUCAAUUACGCUCCGCUUCAAAAGAGCUGA